AUGGCAUUUAUGAUCGUUGAAUGGCUUCAAAACUGUUUAAAAAAUGGGAUUAUUCCAGAUGAAGAAAAAGAAGGAAUUGAAAUAGCAACUCAAUGUAUCUCUGAAACCUUUUCAGUCUAUCCUGAAGAUAAUGAGCAGCGAAAAAAACUUGGAAUAAAUUGUCAAACUCUUAUAAACAUUUUUGAAAAAGCGGAGCAGCAAACAAAAACAGAUUCUCAGUUAUCUACAGAAACUAUAACUAAUAUAGAUAAAACGUCAGAUAUAAAAGCAAACGAUAAAGCAAAAGCAGAAGAAUUUAAAUCGGAAGGAAAUAAUGCUAUGUUUAGGAAGGAUUAUACAUAUGCAAUUUUAUGUUAUACGGAAGCGCUGAAACUUUUUCCUAAAGAUGUUAUAUAUUUGUCGAAUCGUGCAGCAGCAUAUUCAGAAUCAGGAGAUAAUCAUUCAGCAAUAAAAGAUGCAAAAUUAGCAUUAGAAAUAGACCCGAGCUAUGGAAAAGCAUAUAGUCGUUUAGGUCAUGCAUAUUAUUCAAUGGGAGAAUACAAAGAAGCGUUGAAUGUAUAUGUAGAGGGUUUAAAAAUUGAUCCGAAUUCUGAAGUAAUGAAGCGAGGAUGUGAACUUGUAAAAAAGAAUCUAGCUGAGCAUAAUGAUUAUGUUCCUACACAGGAAAAAAAUAUGAAAAGUCGAGAUAUUUCCGAAACCUCGAAUUUAAAUUCUUCAAAUGAAACACCUAGAACUGGAAUGCCCGAUUUUGCAUCUAUGAUGAAUAAUCCAGCUUUUAUGUCAGUAGCACAAAAUUUAAUGUCCUCAGGUGCGUUAAAUAACUUAUUAAAUAAUCCUCGUGUUGCACGAUUGGCGCAAGAUAUUAUGAGUGGCGAACAGACUCCUAAUAUACAGGAUAUAAUGAGUGAUCCAGAAAUGAGAAAUUUGUAUGUAUCUUGUUAA